AUGUCCAAGGUAAACCACCCUAAAGAGACCGUAAAGCGUCGCUUGAAAUACGUAUCUGGUUAUUGGAAAUUAAACUCUAUUUUAAGCGUCAUAAGGCCGGAGCUUCGGGUCCGCUCGGCUGAGUUCGGGAGUCGUCGCGUCGCAGAGCGGCAACGUAAUCGGUCGAAUCAUGAUGGCGGCUCAACAAACAUUCAGUACAUGUAUUCGGCUAGUUCACGAUUCAGUACUGCCCGGAUCGUGCCAGUGUCGAGACGCUGUCGCGGUGCUAUCAAUAGUCGAAAUUCGACGGACACCGGCCGUCUUCAUGAGGAUACUGGUGACAGAGCUGGCCCCGAGAUCAUGGUGGCUCCCGAUUCCGAGGCUCCUUCGAAUCCUCGGAUAGCGGCUACGAACGAGACUCCCUCAACAGCCGAGGCGCGACACAGCGCUGAUCUUUACAUACGGACCAGUUGGGUUGACGCCGCAUUAGCUCUCUCGGAACUAGAAAAGGGUAACAUUGAAGGAGGACGGACAUCGCUGUGGAUCAGGGCCUGGCUUCAAGAACAGCUGUUUAUCUUGGGCUGUUUCCUACAAGGGGACGCCGGGAAAGUCCUAUUCGUGGCCGUCCUAGUUCUAUCCACGUUCUGCGUCGGUCUCAAAUCAGCGCAGAUCCACACGAGGGUCGACCAGCUGUGGGUUCAAGGUACGUUAAACGAUCCCUCAUUCAGUGGACGUCACUAUCGCCAGUCGAUCUUGAAACCUGUAACAAGGGCCCGGCGGGGCCGCGGGCCGGGGAGAGGACCACACGGGCUACACGCGGGUGGCCACAACCACAUGCGCGAGCGCACGUACCCCCCCCCCCCCCCCUCCUCCGCCCGCCGCUCGCCCGCUCCCCCCACGAGCACGUCAUUCAUUGCGAUGGAGCGCGCUGAUCGCCCGCUACCGCAUCGGGUAGAAAUGUUGUCAUUAUCGAGCACGCACCAGGGUGGCAGAUUGGAAGCUGAAUUGAAGUACACAGCUCAGGCUCUUGGUGAGGCGGAUUCUUCAACCCACCAAUUAAUAAUACAGACCGCCAAAGAUCCAGACGUUUCAUUAUUACAUGCUGGAGCUUUGCUUGAACACCUAAAGGUGGUACACGCAGCGACCCGUGUUACAGUUCAUAUGUACGAUAUCGAGUGGCGUCUGAAAGACCUCUGUUACAGUCCGAGUAUACCAGACUUUGAAGGUUAUCAUCAUAUAGAGUCCAUCAUUGACAACGUAAUCCCUUGCGCUAUAAUAACACCAUUGGACUGCUUCUGGGAGGGAUCAAAGCUACUCGGCCCAGAUUAUCCUAUUUUUGUACCUCAAUUGAAGCACAAGUUUCUAUGGACGCAUUUAAAUCCGCUAGAAGUAUUAGAGGAGGUGAAGAAGUUGAAGUUUCAAUUCCCAUUGAGUACGAUGGAAGCGUACAUGAAGCGGGCUGGCAUCACGUCCGCCUACAUGAAAAAGCCAUGCUUGGAUCCCACCGAUCCUCAUUGUCCAGACACCGCGCCCAACAAAAAAUCCGGCCACGGUGAAACCAUGCCACCCACGUUCGUCGAAGGAGCUUGCCAAGGGACGGGCGUGCAUUGUUCUUGCGCCCGCGCGGACCUUACCAUUAUACGGGCGCAUUAUGCACGCUUCAAUAAGUCUCAUGUGGCUGCGGAGUUGUCUCACGGUUGUUACGGGUUUGCCGCUGCGUACAUGCACUGGCCCGAACAGCUGAUAGUAGGGGGUGCCACGAGGAAUUCCACAUCCGCAUUACGCAGCGCCCGCGCCCUGCAGACUGUAGUACAAUUGAUGGGAGAGAGGGAAAUGUACGAGUACUGGUCAGAUCAUUAUAAGGUGCAUCAGAUUGGAUGGAAUCAAGAGAAGGCAGCCGCUGUUUUAGACGCCUGGCAGCGAAAGUUUGCUUCCGAAGUUAGAAAAAUUACUACCUCAGGCUCAGUAUCUGCAGCAUAUAGUUUCUAUCCAUUUUCGACGUCUACUCUCAAUGAUAUACUCGGGAAAUUCUCUGAAGUUUCAUUGAAGAACAUCAUUUUAGGAUACAUGUUUAUGUUAAUUUAUGUUGCUGUUACAUUAAUACAAUGGCGAGAUCCCAUACGGUCGCAGGCCGGCGUCGGUAUAGCUGGCGUUAUGUUAUUAUCUAUAACUGUAGCUGCUGGUUUAGGAUUUUGUGCUUUAUUAGGCAUACCAUUCAACGCGUCAAGUACACAGAUAGUUCCAUUCUUAGCUCUUGGGCUCGGUGUUCAAGAUAUGUUCCUUCUGACUCACACGUAUGUGGAGCAGGCUGGUGAUGUACCGAGGGAAGAAAGGACAGGACUAGUGUUAAAGAAAAGUGGUCUGAGUGUGUUGCUGGCAUCAUUGUGUAAUGUGAUGGCAUUCCUUGCCGCUGCCCUAUUACCUAUACCAGCUUUCAGGGUUUUUUGUUUGCAGGCCGCAAUACUUCUUCUGUUCAACCUCGGCUCCAUGUUGCUCGUGUUCCCCGCGAUGAUCUCGUUGGAUCUUCGACGAAGAUCAGCGGCGAGAGCAGAUUUAUUAUGUUGUUUACUACCAGAAAGUCCUAUGCCUAGAAAGAAAAUUCCUGAUAGAACAAAAUCGAGAAACAGUAAAAAUGAUAAGAAUAACAGGCUAGACACUUCGAGACAGCCAUUGGAUCCUGAUGUCACAGAACAUGAACAAAAAACGUGCUGUCUAAGUCUAUCUCUUACGAGAUGGGCAAAAAACCAAUACGCGCCGUUCAUUAUGCGUCCCGCUAUUAAGGUCACGUCGAUGUUAGCUGUGAUAGCAGUGAUAUUAGCGAGUGUCUGGGGAGCCACGAAAGUUAAAGACGGUCUGGAUCUUACAGAUAUAGUACCUGAGAACACAGACGAACAUGAGUUCCUAUCGAGACAGGAGAAGUAUUUCGGUUUUUACAACAUGUACGCUGUGACCCAAGGGGAUUUCGAAUAUCCGACGAACCAAAAACUGUUAUACGAAUACCACGAUCAGUUCGUUCGGAUACCAAAUAUUAUAAAAAACGAUAACGGUGGACUUACGAAGUUCUGGCUGAGUUUAUUCAGGGAUUGGUUGUUGGAUUUACAAGCAGCCUUCGACAAGGAGGUUGCGAGCGGUUGCAUAACCCAGGAAUAUUGGUGCAAAAAUGCCAGCGAUGAGGGAAUUCUGGCAUACAAACUCAUGGUCCAAACUGGCCAUGUUGACAAUCCGAUAGACAAAUCCCUUGUAACCGCCGGUCAUAGAUUGGUCGAUAAAGAUGGGAUUAUAAACCCUAAAGCUUUUUACAAUUAUCUCUCCGCAUGGGCAACAAACGACGCACUUGCGUAUGGAGCGUCACAAGGAAAUUUGAAACCUCAACCACAAAGAUGGAUUCACUCUCCCGAAGACGUGCAUUUAGAAAUAAAGAAAUCAUCGGUUCGAGAACUGUGUUUAAAGUAUGAAGCUAAGGGUCUACCCAACUUCCCGUCUGGAAUACCGUUCCUGUUUUGGGAACAAUAUUUAUAUUUGAGGACUUCAUUGCUUCUGGCUUUGGCGUGUGCACUGGCAGCUGUUUUUAUUGCUGUGAUGGUGUUAUUACUGAACGCGUGGGCGGCGGUGCUCGUAACACUAUCGUUGGCGAUGCUCGUGUUACAGCUGCUCGGUGUAAUGGCUUUACUAGGAGUCAAGCUGUCAGCUGUACCGGCCGUGCUGCUUGUACUAGCUGUUGGACGAGGAGUGCAUUUUACCGUCCACUUAUGUCUGGCAUUCGUAACAUCAAUAGGCUGUAAGCGUCGUCGCGCGUCCUUAGCCCUCGAGUCAGUUCUCGCGCCUGUUGUACACGGAGCUAUAGCGGCCGCCUUAGCCGCCUCAAUGUUAGCCACCAGCGAGUUUGGUUUCGUCGCGCGACUUUUCCUGAGACUGCUCCUCGCACUCGUUGUUCUUGGACUGCUUGACGGAUUGCUGUUCUUCCCUAUAGUGUUGUCGAUAUUGGGUCCCGCUGCUGAGGUCCGUCCAUUGGAACAUCCAGAGCGUCUAUCAACUCCGUCUCCCAAGAGUUCUCCCGUACAUCCCCGUAAAUUAACAUCCGGGGAGAAGAGUCGGACUAGUAAAUCAGUUCCACGUCCUAGUGCACCCUCCCUCACCACUAUAACCGAAGAACCCUCUAGCUGGCACAGUUCGCAUUCAGUACAGUCCUCGAUGCAAUCCAUCGUAGUUCAACCGGAAGUUGUCGUGGAGACUACGUACAAUGGUAGCGACUCAGCCUCGGGAAGAUCUACACCGACUAAGACUACGCAUUCUGGAGCUAUUACUACUAAGGUGACUGCGACGGCGAACAUCAAAGUUGAAGUGGUCACACCCAGCGAUAGGAAGUCGCGGAGAUCGUAUCACUACUACGAUCGUAGGAGGGAUCGGGACGACGACAGGGAUAGGGACCGGGAUAGAGACAGGGAUAGAGACCGGGACAGGGAUAGGGAUCGACACAGGGAUAGGCACCGGGAUGAGAGGGAACACCGCGCCUCGCCCAGAGAAAACGGAAGGGAUUCCGGCCAUGAGAGCGAUUCAUCCCGACAUUGA